CAUACAUGGUAGCCAUGCUUUUAACACGGAAAAUCAUUCUCACUUAGCAAGCAUGGCUUCUUCCUCUGCUCCCAAACUCUACACCAUCUUUCUGUGCAUUUGUCUUGUGCUGCUCCUUUGCUCCACAAUGGAGGUGGAAGCAAAAAUUUGCCAAAGGCGUAGCAAAACAUGGUCAGGGCCUUGUUUUAAUACGGGAGGGUGCAAAAAUCAGUGCAUGAGAGUGGAGCAUGGAACAUUCGGCGCUUGUCACCGCCAGGGCUUUGGUUUUGCUUGCUUUUGCUACUUCAAGUGCUGAGCCAAGUGAAACUUUUAUGAAGCAGUAAAUUCCACCUUAAAUAUUUCAAAUAUGAUUAAAUAACAGGUGGAAAUUUUAUGUUUUAAUGUCUUUUUUUUUUGACAGAAAUAUGUUUUAAUGUCUUUGUUUGUUAAGGGAUCUCGGCAGUGAUAAUGUGACAGAGAUCAAAAUAUAUGUUACCUUAUGUUUGUGCUUCUAUUUUUUUGGUUGCAUUAUGUAUUUCAUUUCCAGUAAUGAAUGUUAUUGGAGGAAGUCUGAGCUGCUUAGUAAAAGUAAAUUAUGGGAAGAUUUAAUUUUCGUCA